GAGUUUCUGAAUGGCGGAAGGAGUCUCGGGUAUUCCAAUGAAGCAAAUGGAACCGCGUGAGUCGAGUGGGCCUCUCGAGGGUCAAAUGCUCGUGCAAACAUCACCUCCGUUGGUCAUCAAAAACAUCAACGGGUGGAUUUGGAGUAUUGUCGAUGCCCUUCUCUCCAAAGGGGACCUGGUCUCAUGGGUCCAUAUCAAUUUGAAUAGAGAAAUAUUCGUCAGGGUGGACAAGCUGGAAAACACUGAGAUGUCGAUCAACAUGGCAUUGUACAACAUGAACCACGAUGAUACAGAUACUUGCCACGGUAAUGAUACGGGGUGUUCUUACCACAUUGUUGGCCAAACUCGCCCGAUGGAAGCCACGUCUGCAGGGAAAUGGAGAAGAAUCACAGGAAAACCUCAACGAUUGGAGAAAACCGAGGGCCCUGCCCUGGAUCUUUGCGUUGCUUCCAAUCUUCGGCCCCACUCACUCAGAGAGAAGAAGCGUCGAAUGUAUGAUGAGCCGACGAACCGCCAUUUCGUAUUCGUCGUCGGAUCACUAGUUCUGAAGCCCAGAAUGUCUUCUUUCCCCUCCCCCUCUUCUUCUCUUUCUUACCCCUUCACACCCGAAAUCAAAACCACUGCAGCCAUACCUGUCUCCGACCUCAUCUCAAUCACAGAAUCAAGGCCGACAGAACCACCUGGUGACGCACGCCAGGCCCACGGUAGUCGCAGUUGGGCGUCGGGGGCGUUGGUUACAUCACUGCACCGCUCACAUUCGACCACCCCAUCUCUCUCCUCGUUGACGUCCUGGUCGAACUCAUACCCACUCAUUCUUCCGCCGCUUGACGCAACUCACAGAACCAUGACUUCCAUCAUGGCUUCCCCACCAGCAGAGCUGCCAAAGCUGGUAGGUUCCAUGACCACAAAGGAAUGGGUCAUUCCGCCUCGGCCGAAGCCCGGUCGCAAGCCGGCUACCGACACUCCACCCACCAAACGCAAGGCCCAAAACAGAGCCGCGCAAAGGGCCUUCCGCGAACGACGUGCGGCUCGGGUGAACGAGCUGGAGGGUCAACUAGAGGAGCAACAGGAAGCGCACGACAAGAAGGAAGCCGAGUACAAGGAACGCAUCCUCCAGCUCGAGAUGGAGGUCCAGUCACACAAAUCUCGGUGUGAAGUUCUCCAGGACCUCCUAGACCAGGAGAGGAAGGACCGCGUCAAGGCCGAGACCCAACUGGACAGCAUCAGGCGGAGGUGGGACAGCCAAGACGACGCCUCGGGACACUUCCCCGUUCUACGUAGAACCCUCGCCCCUUCUUCUUCGUCCUCGCUUGGGAACUUGCCCUCGGUACACCGACCCGGCAUGGGCUCUCAUGGCCACUCGCCGGUUGAUCAAGUCCGCCACAUGGAGACGUCCUCAUCUGGGAGCUUUACAUGCGGAUCUUGCGGGCCCACUGGCCGUUGUGCAUGUGCCGAGACCGUCAUCAAGUCCAUCGAGACAGGCUGCGGCAAGUGUGGACCCGGGAACAGAUGCGACUGCGCGGGAGGGCCGUUGCAGUCAACCUUGCCCGACUUGAAGAGGCCGCCCGCAUCUCCCACCUUACCUCCUAUCGAGAAACGUCAGCGAUCUGACUGGAAUGUGAAUGUGGACGACUCGGCCAUCGAGAUCGACUUCACCUCUUAUUUCAAGAAACCCCAACCGCAAAGUCUUCACCCCCCGGCCCCUUCCCCUCCCGCGAUGCCGUCGGGCCCCGUACAUGACCCCUGCGGCUUCUGCAAGGAAGGAGACUACUGUGUCUGCGCCGAGGCGGUUCCCUUCUCGCAGCAAACACAAACCCCGCCACCCGAGGCCGAUGCCCUCCCGUCGAUGCCGAUACCCAUGGAGGUCGACGCCGACGGUGCAGUAAAGCUUCGGCCACGCCAGUCGGCGGCCAUUCCCAAAACAGACGCUUCCUCCCGCGGCUGCGGCCCCGGCGGACCAGGCACCUGCGCCCAGUGCAUCGCAGACCCCGUCUCCGGACUCUUCUGCCGCGCCCUCUCUGCCAACAUCAGCCGCCAAGGCGCAAACGGCGGGUGUUGCGGGGGCGGAGGUGCCGCAGGCGGUUGCUGCAAGUCGGGCAACGCGAGCUCCUCUUCGGGGCCCAAGGCCGAAGAACGCAACACCGGCUUCGGUCUCAGCCUCAGCUGUGCCGAGGCGUACCAGACGCUCUCGAGCCACCGAAACUUCAGCAAGGCCACCGAUGACAUUGGAUCCUGGCUGCCGAAGCUGCGCGCUGCGCCGAGAGCGGGCGCAACGUUGCCUUCCCCGACGGCUUCGUCCAGAUUACCCAUUGAAGUGGAGGCGGCGAGUAUAAUGAGCGUUCUCAAGGACUUUGAUAUUCGCUUUGGGAGGGGUCUGUAAAUCGGGUCGGCAUGGCGUUGGUUCUGCUCGGGUGGCCAUUUCAUGGGACGUACAAGGAGUCAACAGGUAUGAUCAUGGAAUAUGAAGGGAAAGAGGCUCAUUGGGUUAAGGCAUCCUGUAGGGCCUGGCCAGGUGGACUUUGGGCCCUCCAUAGGCGUCCAUUUUGCGAAGGAGAUGCGAGCGACAUAGCAACGACACAGAUGUUGUAAUUAAAAAUGAAUAAAUGACUAUAAGAGGUUCCGACUGACGGAGCUUGAACAUUCCAAGACACAGGUGUU